UCGACAGUGCUUCCGGAUCGCGGUAUCUGGGUGACUUCUAGGCGGUCGCGUCGCAGUCCGCCCCCUCCCCCAGCUGCGGUCCCGCGCUCUUAUCUCUCUCCCUGCCCCCUCUAGGGUCCUCUCCGGGCCUCGGCCCCUGAUCGCUUAGGCUCUUCGCGCCGUCGCCUGCCGCUGCCGUCGGGAGGAAAGAUGAAUGGGAGAGCUGAUUUUCAAGAGCCGAAUGCAGAAGUUCCAAGACCAAUUCCCCAUAUAGGGGCUGAUUACAUUCCAACAGAGGAAGAAAGAAGAGUCUUUGCAGAAUGCAACGAUGAAAGCUUCUGGUUCAGAUCUGUGCCUUUGGCUGCAACAAGUAUGUUGAUUACUCAAGGAUUGAUUAGUAAAGGAAUCCUUUCAAGUCAUCCCAAAUAUGGUUCCAUCCCUAAACUUAUAUUUGCUUGCAUCAUGGGAUACUUUGCUGGAAAGCUCUCUUAUGUGAAAACUUGCCAAGAGAAGUUCAAGAAUCUGGAAAAUUCCCCUCUUGGAGAAGCUUUACGGUCAGGACAAGCACGACGAUCUUUACCACCAGGGCAUUAUUCUCAAAAGUCAAAAUAUGACUCAAAUGUGAGUGGUCAGUCCUCUUUUGUGACAUCCCCAGCAGCAGACAACAUAGAAAAAGAGAUGUUGCCUCAUUAUGAGCCAAUUCCAUUCAGUGCUUCUAUGAAUGAAUCCACUCCCACUGGUAUUACUGAUCAUAUUGCCCAAGGACCUGAACCCAACAUUGAAGAAAGUCCCAAAAGAAAAAAUGUUACAUAUGAGGAAUUAAGGAAUAAAAACAGAGAGUCAUAUGAAGUAACUUUAGCACAAAAGACUGACCCCUCAGUCAGGCCUAUGCAGGAAAGAGUGCCAAAAAAAGAAGUCAAAGUAAACAAAUAUGGAGAUACUUGGGAUGAGUGAAAAAUUACAUCAUUGGACCUUCUGAAGGAGUUUCAAUAUCCAGCUUCAUCUAGGUGGUCAUGAAUACCUGCAUGCUUUUGAGCUCAGCAGCAGUCUUCAUAAACAUAUUUAAAACUAAAUCCUGGGUUUUUGUGGUUGACUUAUUAUGAUAUUUUGUAAAACACGGAUUUUGGUGUUAAUAUUGUGUAAAUGUAAUCACGAUCGGGAAUGCUAUGAAUGAUGGUUAUUAUACCAUGCUUGUGUACAGUUUGUGAAAUUGCUUAUAAGUUACAGAGCAAAGAUACUCCAAACUGUCAAGAGACUGAUGCUCAAGAAUCAUCGUAUAUAAAGAUUAGUGAUAAUAUGCAUGUUGGAUUGGGGUGGGUGGGGGGAGCAAGCAUUUUAUGUGUUCAGCUUUACAUCAUCAAAUUAUUAAAAAGCCUUUCUCUAGUAUUUGCUCUAUUAAUGUUUAUGGUAAAUAAAAUAUAAAGAAACAUG